AUGGAAUUCUUUUAUGCUCUGGCACUAAUAGCAGGAAUUCUACUUGCCUUUAUAUUACUGAUUUUAAUUGCAACUUUUUAUGAUUCUUUCAAGGCAAAAAUUCCUCCUGAAGUUGACCAGCCAUCAAAGCUCAGCUUAUACCAUUACUUUUAUACUCUGGUGGAAAUUCUGGCAAAGAACUCAGAAAGUUUGGGUAUCUUUAAGGAGCACAUACUUAUAAGGUUGAUUUUUGGUGGACUGCCAGCAUGCAGGGAUUCAAAGCUCUUCAUAAAGGAUCUGCAUUUUGAUGGAGUGCCAGUGAGGAUUUACCUCACAAGAUUACCAUCUGCAAGCAAACGGAGAGGAGUCAUCUUCUUCCAUGGGGGAUGCGGGAUGUACGGAGGCAUAAGAAGCCACGAAAGAGUAUGCCGGUACAUAGCCAGAAAAUCUGAUUCCGUGGUCGUGUCUGUUGGGUAUUGUUUAUCUCCUGAGUGCAAGUAUCCAGCCCAGAAUUUGGACUGCCUCACUGCUACCAUUCACUUUUUGAAGACUGCAGAAAACUACGGUGUGGAUCCUGAUCGGAUUAUUGUAUGUGGGGAUAGUGUAGGGGGCACUUUUACUGCUAAUGUUUGCCAAGAACUAGUAAACAGAACAGACAUCCUGAAGAUACGUGCCCAGGUCAUGAUCUAUCCAUUUCUCCAGGCCUUGAACUUUAAUCUGCCAUCUCACCAGAAAAAUGCCUUCACUGCCUUAUUGUCUCGGGAACGUACAGUCCAUUAUAUUCUGAAGUACCUGAAUAAGGAUUGCUCCAUGAAAGAAGCUCUUUUGGCAGGUUCUCAUGUCCCUGAGAGUAUGAAUUUGAAAUACAGAAAAUGGAUAAAUCCAGAUCUUAUCCCAGAGAAAUUCAAACAGGAUUAUGAGCCACCAAUACCCACUUCAUGUGUUCCUCAGGUCCAUGAAGAAACUAAAGAACUGUUUGAGACAAGAUUUUCACCGCUGCUAGCAGAGGAUGCUGUUAUUUGCCGACUGCCCGAGGCUUGUAUAAUUACCUGUGAACAUGAUGUGCUCAGGGAUGAUGGAUUGCUGUACAAGAAACGCUUAGAGGACAAUGAUGUAAAAGUGACCUGGUACCACAUUGAAGAAGGCUUCCAUGGUACAAUAGGGUUUUUUGGUUACAGUAUUUUCUCCUUUCCAUCAUCAAGUAAAAUAGUGGAUCACGCUGUAAACUUUAUAAAAGGCUUUUAAAAUGUAUUCUUGAAGACGGUGACUUAGUGUGCAGACUGAGUGUAUUUCAGUUAACCAUUUAGUAGCUAUUGGAUAUCUAGGCAAGAAAUUAGAAUCUCAUCAAGAAAUAAUAAGUUAUGAUAGCAUGGUCUGCUGAAUUCCGAAUUUCAGUUGCUAUUAUUUGGCAACAUGUAACUUGGGAACAUGCAUCUUUCACCUUCUUUUUUUUUAACCCUUUAAUUGGUAUCCUUGUUUUGAUGUUCUCUUAUUCUGUUGUAAGAAUUUUUGUUCUCUUAUGUCAAAGAAUAAAACCUCACCAUUUAUAUAGCAAAAUA